UCUUUAGGAUCAAUUGGAUACUUUCAGGCUAAUUGAACCCUGUAUUUGCGGAGCAGGAAAAAAUUUUGUGGAUCAUCAUAACCAGGAUAGAGCAAUGGAGUUUUUGCAGGGUUUGCAUGAACGAUUCUCUUCUCUGCACAGUCAUAUUCUCCUAAUGGAUCUUGUACCUUCAACUACAAAGAUCUACAAUCAUGUAAGGCAGGAGGGGGAACAACAAGGUAUAAACUCUUCUUCUGUACCUUCUAUUGAGUCUGCCACUUUGAAUGUUUCUCAUAGACCUCCAAGGACGUUUGCUCCUGCUGGAGACAAUGGUGCAAAUAAGGAAAACAAACGUCUCAGACCAUUUUGUGAACACUGCAAUAAGCAUGGAUACACCAAAUCAACAUGCUGGAAACUCAAUGGCUACCCCAAGGAUGCACUACGGUUCCGUGACAUGGAUUUUCACUCGGCUGCUGCUACACAUAUAGCGCCUAUUGCUGCAUAUGUUGCGCCUGCUGCUGCAGCUUCUAUUUCCGCUGCACAAUAUGCUCAUCUUUUGUCCCUGCUUGAACCAGCCAAUGGAGGCCAUAACGUAGCCCCAUAUGCAAACUUUGCAGGACCGUCGCACGAACAAGGAGAUUGGAUGGAGUGACUGUGUUGCCGGUAUCUAUCAUUUUCGUUUUC